CACUCCCUAGCAGAGCAACAGGACCCAGGGACCACGGCAGAUCCCAUGGUGUCCAUGAGAGUAGAAGGAACUGUUCAGCCCUUCUUAGUUGACACAGGAGCUACUUGCUCAACAAUCAGACAUUGUCCAUCACAACACAUUUCACCAAGUCACAUUACGGUGAUGGGUUUCUCUGGGGAAAAGCAAAACUGCCAAUAACAAAACCACUGCAUACAGCUAUAGGGAACCAAUGCGUCCUCCAUCCAUAUGUUGUUUCUCCCACGGUUCCUAUGAACCUCCUUGGCAGAGAUCUCCUCAUAAAACUGGGCGUGUCUAUCCUGUGUUGUGCUGAUGGAAUAUUACUGACUUUCCCUGACGGCCAUCAAAUGACCUGUUCUGAAGGAAACCAGGGCCACGGACAAUACAUCCUUUCCCCCACCUCUGACUCCUACGCUGACAUUUACUGGGCUAUGUUGUCUCCAGAAGGCCCGGGCUCCGGGGGUAUCCUGAAACAGUUCUUCCUCUGGAAGCCCUGGAUCUCGCAAGUUGCACCCUUUGUCCCUCCCCCAGAUCCCCCACAUGUCACCCUAAAUUAUGAUGUCCACUCUGAUCUCUGUUAUCAAGACGCUUUUGACGCCAUAGCAGACACCAGAUGGGACAUCCACUCUCAAAACAUCUUUGUGGGACGUGAAGGCGUAGCCGCCUCGGUCCAGCUAACUCCUGAACAGUUGCCAUGGUUUGUUAUGACUGAGGAAUCUGCCCCACAUGUUUCACUCGCCCUGCACCCAGGGUAUGAGGCCAAAUCAUUUAGUCCGAUGGUCAAGACAGCCCUGACUGCCACCGACUGGACACUCACUCCUCUCCCCAAGGUUCAAUACUCUCCCUCCACCAAAACCUUCCGCAUUCUCUGUAAGGGUCGAGACACAGCUUUUCUCCAACAUGACUUAAUUGCUAGGCACCAUGGUAGGGAAAGGACUGACCAUCAAGAUGCUAAAGCCAUGUUAGAUGGUCUUCCCACCACUCUCUGGUCACAAACACCGACUGAUGUAGGUUUAGUGCAUUGUGCCCCGCUGACCUUUCACCUUAGGCCAUCUCCGCCUGUAUGGAUACCACAAUACUCAUGCUCUAGGGAAAAGCAGCUAGGCAUUUCAGAUACAGUCACAGGAUUGAUUGAGGCAGGGGUUUUAGAACCUUCCGUUCCCCAGUGGAACACACCUCUCCUCCCAGUUUUAGAAAGCAGAAACAGGUAA